AUGCGUGCCAUAUCGUUGGCCAUUGCUUUCUGCACCUUCGUGGCGACCGUCUCUGCGGAUUACACCAUCAUCACAAGCAGCCAAUAUGGACUGAAUGUUACUCUCAACGGCGCUAAGAACGGGAUCGAGCUUGAUCCAGGUAGUCCCUGUCGGUAUUGGGAUGCGUUUCAGGCCGCUAAAGGUGUCAAAGAUUGGUAUUUUUAUCGCAUUAGCAGUUCAGGAGUCACUGGGUAUCUUCGUUACCUAGACUACCGAACUGGAACAAUUGCAAAGGUCGAUAGGAUUCCAACCCUGUUCCAAGUUGAAGCGGAUGGGCAUGGCUCCUAUCUGGUUGCUCUUGAGUCUGAGACGCCAGGUCAGAGACUCGCCUGGACAGUCGAACACAACGACAGCGGCACGACCGGCGGGAACAUGGUUUUGAAGUUACGCCCUUACGAGCGCAGUGAAAGCCAGCGCUUCAAAUUUACUCAACAAUACGUGGAAGAAACGCAUUGUUAG